AUGAUAGAAUUUAACUGGGAUGAUAGUGCAGUACUUUUACUAAUAGAAAAGUAUCAAGAAAAUGAACUAUUGUGGAACCCAAGGCAUAUGGAUUUCAAAAAUCGCAACAAAAAAAAUGAUGCUAUUAGACAUAUUGCUUCUGUGUUUAACAUAGCAUCAUCAGAAAUUGAGAGAAAACUGAAGAAUUUAACCAGCCAUUAUUUUCGAGAAAAACGAAAAUAUGAAGAAUCUAAAAGGAGUGGAUCUGGACGGGAAGAUGUUCAAUUGCCGAAAUGGUUUGCUUAUAAGGCGUUAUCAUUUCUUAAUGACAAGAAUGCACCGGUACCGACUCUGAACAGCCACACAUCUAAAUCUUCUCAAGAUAAUAAUCACUCACCAGACUACGCUACCUUCGACAAGGACUUCACGAAAACGAAAUAUAGAGAGAGAUCCUGA